AGGGAUAUGAUGAAUUCGAAAACAAUUUGAGGAUGAUAGUAGAUGUACGAGAUGUAGCUGAAGCACUGCUAUUGGCAUAUGAGAAGCUCGAAGCCGAAGGAAGGUAUAUAUGCACAGCUUACAUGAUCAAGUCACAAGAUCUGGUGGAAAUACUCAAGAAAAACUACCCGAACUACAAUUAUCCUAAGAAAUUUACUGAGGGAAAGGAAGAAGAAAAGCUCAGUUCAGAGAAAUUGCAGAAGCUGGGUUGGAGUUACAGACCGAUAGAAGAAACUCUGGUUGAUUCCAUUGAAAUCUGUAAACUAGCCGGACUUCUGGACUAAAUGAUCUUGGCAUUCUGUUGUAGUUUUUACAAGUUGUAUCAUCAAGCAUUCUCAUAUCCAGAACCUCUUUGCUCUAUAGAUGUUGUAUUGGGUAUUGUUGUAAACGAUCCUUGUUCAUUUUGCAAUAUCGCUGUGACUCAUGACUCCAGUUAAUUUGAAAUAUGGUAUUUGAACACUGCAAUUAAUGUUACACGAUUACAUGGAACUUUAGUUUUUGUGGAAAUUGAUGCUGUGGACAGGAUAUGAGGAUGUAUAUUGUUUGUUGGUCACUUGUCUUGUCUUGUGACUGUUUGGAUCAUAGAUUUGGGUAGUAAUUUUGAAAGAAAGUGAGAAUUAUGAAUUUGGACAGGGAUUAUCCAUAAUCUAAACACAAUUUUAGGGGCCAUAGUUUCUUUAGCUGCUUCUCUUGAUUUGUUUUACACUUACCUAGUUUAAUCCAAUCCGUUUAAAGCUGUUUGUUAAAUGGACGAGUUUAAAUUAGAUUGUUUUAAUACGUAAUCCGUUUUGACCAACAGCAAGCCCGCCCAUUUUUUACCUCUGUCACGUUGUAAUAAAUGAUUGGACAAGUCAUGGCAGCAGCAAAUAUUACCUGGUGGGCUUUCCAGAUCAGGGUUCAUCCGCAACCACGAAAAGGUAAA